ACGGCGAGCCGCAGAAGGUGACGGGGCUGUUCUCCGUGGUGCCGUACCCGAUCUGUGCGUCACAGGAGGAAAAAACAGCAUGAAAACAAGGAAGACGGCGGCGCCGUGCGGCGUUACGUAAGAGCGACGGCGUGCCAGGAAUGUUUGCAGGAUGUGUGGGGGUGAUGAAAGGUCAGCUGGCAGACACGCUUCCUCCUCACAGGAGCUUUAAGGUUUUUUUUCUCCCUGUCAAUGGCGACCAGUGUUCAGCCGAGGGACGGCCUCCCGGAGCCGGGACUCCGCCCACUCACCUUUUCCCCCGCGCCCAGCCCGUCAGCCCACUCAGUCUGCGUGAGGACGCCAUGCGCCGCAUCAGCUGGUUGCUGCUGGGGACCUUCCUGAUGGCCAGGGGGGCUCCCAGCCAGUGCCCGGGGCCCUGCCAUUGCCACGGCGACCUGCAGCACGUCAUCUGCGACGGCGUGGGCCUGAAGAAGAUCCCGCGAGUGUCCGAGUCCACCCGGUUGCUCAACCUGCAGAGGAACGCGCUGGGCGGCGUUCCGAGCGGCGCCUUCAGCGAGAGCGGCGGCCUGGUGUCGCUGCACAUGCAGCACUGCCAGCUGCGCCACGUCGCCGCGCACGCCUUCAAGGGGCUGACCAAGCUGGUCUACCUCUACCUGUCGCACAACCACAUCGCCAGCAUCCAGCCGUCCGCCUUCGACGACCUGGCCCAGCUCACCUACCUCCACCUGGACCACAACCGAAUCGGCGAGCUGGCCAAAGGAAUCUUCUCGCCGCUGGUCAACCUCUUCGUGCUGCGUCUGGAUGACAACAAGCUGCGAGAGCUGCGGCCCGGCACCUUCAACGGCGCCAAAGACCUGCGCUGGCUGCACCUGAGCGCCAACGAGCUCACCACGCUACAAGCCGGGUCCUUGGACGCCGUCGAGAAUCUAGCCGUCUUGCACUUGGACCACAACAAAAUGGCCACCUUCCCCGCCGCCGCCAUGAGCAAGCUGCGCGUAGUGGAGGAGCUGACGUUGAGCAGGAACCCCAUGAGGAGCAUCCCGGACCACGCCUUCCAGAGCUUCGGACGCUACAUGGAGAAGCUCCACUUGGACCACAUGGGCCUGGAGAAGUUGUCAGACGGCGCCUUCUCAGGCGUGACGGCGCUCACGUCGCUUCACAUCAACAACAACAAACUCCGUUCGCUUCCCCGAAGUCUCGACUUGUCUCGAGUCACCAACCUCACCGUGUCCAACAACCCGUGGAGCUGCACAUGCCAGCUGGCGCCGCUCCGCAGGUGGAUGGACGCCAACCGCAACCGUCCGGAUGCAGUGUGCGCUUCGCCAUCGCCACAGCGAGGCAAGCAGAUCCGAGACAGCGGCGCCUUCGCGGGCUGCAGGGUCAAGCUCAAAAAGGCCAAGGCGGGCCCGCGUCACUGAACGAGUCCGAGUGCACAAGUCCCGACCGGAAACGUCCUGGCAGACGUCCUUCGGGGCCUGAUUUUGUUGAACUUUCUGCUUGUUUGCUAGGAUGGGAAGCUGUGCUCGCUCCGUCGCUCGUGUUAGCAUCUAGCUUCCUGUUAGCAAUCAAAUACAAUCAAACUUUCAGCUCAAUAAAACAAACAUUUAACCUCCUUCUCUCAACCUUUGCUGCCAACGCUAAUCCUGAAAGGCGGGCGCAACAAAAUCAAAACACUUUCAGCUUACAUCCACACGGGGGCGACAUAGCACAGAGGGAAUCAAACAUUAAUAGUCUGGAAACUACCUGUCUUGUUGGCCCACACGGCAAACACCUCAAACGUAGAAAUGCUUCAAAAAAACAAAAAAAAUAUAUUCCUCAGGUCUGGCAACCCUGUUAGCCUAGCUAACAUCCUACUAGCCGAGCUAACAUCGUACUAGCCUGGCUAACAUCCUACUAGUCCAGUAAAAAACGUUUUUACUGAUGUUUCAUUAAGCAAACAUAAUGGUGCUACAAAUAUGAGAAGAGAGUGACAUAUAUAAGUAGACUUAAAGAUAUUAGUAUAUGAUUUAACAACACUCACAACUGCCUACUAGCAUGGCUAACUUCCUUUUAGCCUAGCUAACGUCCUACUAGCCGAGCUAACAUCCUACUAGCCUGGCUA